AUGGUUGUCCCUCUUAGUCAAUCUCUUACACUUUCUAAUGGUAAUAAAAUGCCAGUUUUUGGACUUGGAACUUGGCAGUCCGCUGAUGGUGAAGCUGAGGCUGCUGUUAGAUGUGCUUUAGACAAUGGUUAUCGUCUAAUCGAUACAGCCAAAUGUUAUGAAAAUGAAUCUGAAAUUGGUAAUGUUCUUCAAGAAUAUUUUAAAUCUGGAAAAUUAAAAAGAGAAGAAGUUUUUAUAACAACUAAAUUAUGGUGUACACAUAAUAGAAAAGAAGAAGUAGAAUCUGAAUUAAGAGAUUCAUUAAAAAGAUUACAAAUUGAUUAUGUUGAUUUGUAUCUUAUUCAUUCUCCAACAUGUUUUGAUCAUGAAAUGAAGGAACAUGAUGUUAGUGUUAAAGUUGAAGACAUCUGGAAAGGAAUGGAAGAUGUUUAUGAAAAAGGAUUAACUAAAGCUAUAGGUGUUUCAAAUUUUUCUAAUGAACAAAUUGAAAGAAUUAUGAAAAAUGCUAAAAUACCUAUUCAUAAUUCUCAAGUUGAAGCAUACCUUUAUUGGCCACAAUUUGAACAUCAAAAAGUUUGUAAUAAAUAUAAUAUUACUGUUACUGCUUAUGCACCAAUUGGUUCUCCAGGAAGAUUUAAUUUUAAAUUAUGUCAAUUUGAAGAAGGUAAAGAAGCUUUAAGUGAUGAAGUUGCUUUAAAAUUAGCUAAAAAAUAUAAUAAAACAACAGCUCAAAUAUUAUUACGUCAUUUAAUUCAAAGAAAUUUUAGCGUUAUUCCAAAAUCAUCAAACCCACAAAGAAUUAUUGAAAAUUCUAAAAUUUUUGAUUUUAAUUUAACUAAUGAAGAAGUUGAAGAAUUAAAUAAUGUAACAUAUAGACAAAGACUUUUUAAACAAGAAUUUAUGAUAGGACAUCCAGAAGAUGGUUUCAUUAGUGAAAGAUAA